GAAAUCUUCUGUUUGUGCAAAAUUUAUAGAUGAUGGAUGGUGACACAAAUCCAUGGAUGUUGGCGUUGGAUGACUUGCAAUAUGACAACGACACCGGACUAGACUAUGACUGCUGCGAGGGGGGGGAUGUUUGUAACCUGAAUGAAGGUGUGGCAUUUCAGUCGGUGUUCAUACCAGUUCUGUACUGGCUGGUGUUUGUUGUGGGCAUCCUGGGGAAUGGAGUGCUGCUGGGAGUACUGCUUCGAAGCAGAAAGACCUGGAGUGCGACGGACACCUUCAUCCUCCAUCUAGCUGUUGCAGACAUCCUGAUGCUGGUGACGCUGCCCUUCUGGGCAACACAGUAUGUUGAAGUCAAAGGAUGGACAUUUGGAACUGCCCUCUGCAAGAUCACUGGAUCUGUUUUUACGAUCAACUUCUACUGUGGGAUCUUUCUCCUGGCCUGCAUCAGUUUGGACCGCUACCUGUCAAUAGUCCAUGCCACCCACAUGUACUCCCGCAGGAAGCCCUGGGUUGUUCAGGCCAGUUGCUUCACGGUGUGGCUCGUCUCCCUGCUCCUCGCUACCCUUGACUGGAUCUUUUUGGAAGCCGUGGAGGAUUCCAGACGAGGCAAAACCGAAUGCAUUCGCAACUAUUUCAAGUUUGACCCACUGUCCGUUCCUGUCUGGCGGCUGGCAUCCCGCCUGCUUUACCACAUAGUGGGCUUUCUGCUUCCUUCAGCUGUCCUGAUCUUCUGCUACUCCUGCAUCCUGCAUCGGCUGCGCUGUGGCACACAGGGCCUUCAAAAGCAGAAAGCUUUUAGGGUCAUUAUCACUGUGGUGGUGGUUUUCUUUAUCUGCUGGACGCCAUACAACAUCACAUUAAUGGUGGAUACGUUCCAUUCCGACAAUAGCAGCGAGACCUGUGAAAUCAGAUCAUCUCUGGAGACGGCUAAAACAGUGACCUCCUCUGUGGGCUACCUGCACUGCAGCCUCAAUCCCAUCCUGUACGCCUUUGUGGGUGUAAAGUUCCGGCGUCAGCUCAUAGACAUUCUGAGGUCCCUGGGCUGCAAGCUGAAGACAAGCGCCAAAUUUCAAUCUAAUGUCAACAGCAGGAGAAGCUCCAUCUGGUCUGAGUCUGCCGACACCUCCAACUCCAUUGCUAUCUGAGAGAGACAUAAAUAUACAAGCAAAUCUGAACAAAUUUAAAAACUGACUUAAACUGACAUGAAGGCCGACACAAUAACAUACAAAAUACUUCUGUAAAGUUCCUGUAUUGGAAAGCCUGAAACAGGCUACGUUUUCUUUUAGUCUUUACUAGUUCAUAAGGGAUCAGUAGCUGAACAUGAGCUUGAAAAUAGAACAAGUUGUUUGUCUGUCAGGUACUCACAUUUGCACUUUUCGGCAGCAGUUUUUUCUUGUAUAGCAGAAAUAUAAUGUUUAUCUUUUCUUAUUUCCAGGCAGCUUUAUGACAUAAAAGCCAGGACUACAUGUCAGACUGUAGUUUUCUUACUGAUGUAGUCGUUUUUCAAGCUACUAUGUUACAUUUAACCUUUUAAAACAUGUGUAUCUUUUUAUACCACAGUUAUAUUGUAUAUUAUACUGUUUUUUGUGUGGAAUGUUCAAAUGCAGAAUAAAUUUUUUACAAUUUUUUA